AUGUGGCCCUUCCUCAGCCGCGCCCUCUUCCCUCCGCCUACUGAGGCCUGGCUCCAGAGGGCUUCCUCAGACCCCGAGGCCCAGGGCUGGGGGGCCUGGAGCCCAGCUGAGAAGACCCAUCUGGGCCCGGGGGCUGGCGGGGAGGAGGAGGAGACGGGGGAAGCUGAGGAAGACGAUGAGGAAGAUGCCGGCUUCCUGCUGUCUCUCUUGGAGAGGGAGGGCCUGGCUGAGUGCCCAGUGCCUGACCAGGAGCUGGAGGCCAUCAGACUGAAGCUGUGGGCCAUGGAGCAGGCCCAGGGGCCGGAGCUGCCCAGGGUGCAGGACCUGGAUGAAGGAGAGGAAGCUGCCGGGGCCCUGCUGGCCAGGCAGCUACUGAGUCCCAAGACAGGUAGGAGCCAGCAGGCCAGGCUGACUGCUGUCCUAGGCCAUGGGCCUGAGUCCUCGCAGCUGCCGGGAGCCCCCUGCCCAGGACAAGCCCCUGGUCCUGAAGCCCCUUUCUCCACAGACAGCCCCCUGGAGAAGGCAGAGGCUGACCACAGAUCCGUCUACGUGGGCAAUGUGGACUAUGGGGGCACGGCCCAGGAGCUGGAGGCAUAUUUCAACCACUGCGGGGAGAUCCACCGGGUCACCAUCCUGUGUGACAAGUUCUCUGGACACCCCAAGGGCUAUGCCUACAUAGAGUUUGCCACCGAGAGCUCGGCCCAGGCCGCCGUGGAGCUGGACAAGAGCAUCUUUCGAGGCCGGGUCAUCAAGGUGCUGCCCAAAAGGACCAAUUUACCAGGGAUCAGUUCCACGGACCGCGGAGGCCUCAGAGGACACCCAGGCGCCAGAGUGGGAUCCCUCCCCCACAGCAGCCUCCAAGGCGGGGCCCGGUUCAGGCCACGAGGGCGGAGCCGGGGACGCGGAAGAAUCUCACCGUGGUUUUCUCCGUAUUGAAGUGAGGGCCGGAUAUUGAAAGUGGGGUUUGCCGCUGGGUCAGGAGUCAACAGCGGUGCUUCUAAGAAUAACUUCCCCGCACCCUUCAUUCCUCUGGAGGACUGCCGUACCCCACCGAGGCUGCCGUGCACGGAGCGGGGCACAGGGUGGGCCUGGCGCGGAUGCCAGUGGGGGCUGUGGAGGGCAUAGGACGAAGCUGUGGGCAGGUGAGGUCCGGGCAACACGGGGUCAGCGCCGGCUUGACUUACUCAGGGA